ACCCAAAUAGUGCAGGAUGACAAUACCCAAAUAGUGCAGAAUGACAAUACCCAAAUAGUGCAGAGUACCAAUACCCAAAUAGUGCAGAAUGACAAUACCCAAAUAGUGCAGAAAAACAAUGCUCAAAUGGUGAAGGGCAGUAAUGAAACACUAAACAUCACUUCGCCUUUUGUUCAUGAGCAGCAUUCAACUGAAAGUGAUGGACCUGUCAAGUCUAUUGAGAUUGAAAAAACAAAUUUACCAAAGAGCAAUGAUGUGGGAAAUAUUGGUAUAUCCGAUUCCUCAUUGAAACGAUUAAGUUCUUCAUUGAAAGAAGCACAUAAGUUGAUACGUGUAAGGAUACGCUUGAAGGACUGUAUGAAAAGUAAGUCACCAGGAGAGAGUAUACAACCAAAGAAACUCAAACUAUCUAGAACUUUGAGAAAAUCUUCUAGAAUAACACGUCCUAACACGCGUUACUCUAAACAUGUCAAGAUUAGUGAGAAAGUCAGUGAAAGGGCGAUCCAGGACCAGCCGCGGGAAGAGAACAGUACAAAAGGUUUGAAAAAUGAUUCUCAAAACAUACAAACUAAAGAUGAAGUUAAUACAGAUGACUGUGAUAUGGAUGAUAAUGAUUAUGCUAUGGAUGAUAUUGAUGACAAUGUUAACAAUGGAGAUGAAGAUGUUAAUGAAGUUGAUAAAGAGCCUGAAAUUAAUGGGGAUAGAAAUACUGAUGUUGGUGAUAGUACCAACAUUGAUAAGGAAGAAAAGAGUUGUGCUGUUGAUGAAAAUGUAGAUGAAGGUGUUAAUAAUGAUAGACUUGAUACCCAAAUGAAUGAAAAUGACGAUGCUGAUGGAAUGAUUUCUGAUGAUGAAAUUCUUACAUUUGAAGAAGAAAAUGGAAACAUGAAAAUGGUGUUUCAAAUAGACAAACUAAAACAAGUUGAAGGCAAAGAAAAUAAUACUAAAAAAGAAAAACUUGACGCUAAAAAACGCUGGCCCUGUGAUUUAUGUGGUAAAAGGUUUACAAGGAAAGAGCAAGUGAAAAUCCACAAGAGAAGACAAGUGUGUACCCGUCCUCCAAAACCAAAAAGUGUAAGAAAGCGACCACUUCCCGAGAAAAGAACUUGUCCCUUAUGUUGCAAGGAAGUGUUUUACUUAGACUUACAUUUAAAGAGAAAGACUUGCCAAAAGUAA